UUCCAGGCUCGGCAAUCUCAACAAAUUACAGGUGUUGAUUCUUUCCUCGAACGGCUUACUUGGCCAAGUUCCUUCUUCUAUUAGUAAUCUAAGCCAACUUUCCAUUUUAAACCUUUCCAAAAAUAAGCUCAUUGGUAGUUUCCCACUUGUAACUAAUCUAACCAAGCUCUCGCUUUUUAGUUUAUCUCAUAAUCUCUUCACUGGAAACAUUCCUUCUUCUCUCUUCACGAUGCCUUCUCUUUCUUAUCUUAAUGUGAAUGAAAACCAUCUAACCAGUCCUAUUGAAGUUUCAAACUCCUCUAGGCUGGAGUACCUGUACCUUGCGAAAAACCAAUUUGAAGAAAAUAUCCUAGAGCCUAUUUCAAAGCUCACCAACCUCAAGUAUCUCGACCUUUCUUUCCUAAAUACCAGCUACCCAGUUGACUUAAGGAUCCUCUCUUCUCUUAAAUCUUUGUUGAGACUUUUUCUUUCUGGUAAUCGUUUAUUGGCUACUAGCAUAAGCGCUGAUUCCGACAUCCCACCGAACUUGGAAACCUUGAUCAUGAGGAACUGCAACGUCACCAAGUUUCCAAAUAUUUUAAGGAAACUAAAAUACUUGCGGACUGUAAGUAUAUCUUCAAAUAGAAUCAAAGGAAAAGUCCCUAUGUGGUUGUGGAGCCUUCCUCGUCUAAGCAUAGUGCUUAUUGGCAGUAAUUAUUUCAACGGUUUCGAAGGGACAAGAAACGUUUUAGUGGAUUCGUCGGUGCAGAUGUUAGAUAUGGGGUUUAACCAUUUUGAAGGAGAAAUUCCUCUCCCACCACUCUCCAUCAACACCUUCUAUGCACGGAACAAUACUUUCACGGGAGACAUACCUCUUUCUUUCUGCAACCGAACCUAUCUUACUGUUCUUGAUUUAUCCUACAACAACUUCACCGGACCGAUUCCUCAAUGUCUGAAUGACUUCAUGAUUGUGAAACUCCGGAAGAAUAACUUGGAAGGAAGUCUUCCAGACAGGUUCAACGUAGGUACCUCCCUGCGGACAAUUGAUGUUGGCGAGAAUCGAUUAACCGGAAAGCUUCCAAGGUCUUUUCUAAAUUGCUCUUCUUUGAAGUUUCUAAGUGUGGACCACAACAGAAUCGAAGAUAAGUUUCCUUUCUGGCUCAAGGAUUUGCCUGACUUGCAAGUCUUCAAGCUUCGUUCAAAUAAAUUCUACGGUCCAAUAUCUUCUCCUGAUCAUGGUCCUCUAGCGUUUCCCGCGCUCCACAUAUUUGAAAUAUCUGAUAACAACUUUACUGGAAGCUUGCCACCAAGCUACUUUGUGAACUGGAAAUCACCAUCACUCAAGAUUAAUAGAGCUGGGACCAUGUAUAUGGCAGAAGAUAUUGGUGCCUCUACAUAUGAUGAUCUUAUAGACUUGCAAUACAAAGGUCUUUCAAUGGAGCAAAUGGGCAUCCUUACUUUCUACAGCGCUAUUGAUCUUUCUGGCAACAAGAUUGAAGGACAAAUCCCGGAAUCUAUUGGCCUCUUGAAGACAUUGAUUGCGCUCAACUUAUCUAACAAUGCAUUCACAGGCCAUAUCCCUCUCGCAUUGGCCAAUGUUAUGGAGCUCGAGUCACUAGACCUGUCAAGAAACCAACUCUCCGGGACUAUUCCAAGUGGACUCAAGAGCCUCUCGUUUUUGGCGCACAUAAAUGUGUCUCAUAACCAACUCAAAGGUGAAAUACCACAAGGAACACAAAUCACUGGGCAAUCUAAAUCCUCCUUUGAAGGGAAUGCAGGACUUUGUGGUUUGCCUCUCGAAGAAAGUUGCUUCGGGCCACCAACACAACAACCUAAGGAAGAAGAAGAAGAAGAAAAAGAGGAGGAAGAAGUGUUGAACUGGAGGGGUGUGGCAAUAGGGUUUGGGCCUGGAGUGUUGCUUGGAUUGGCAAUAGCACAAGUCAUUGGUUCAUACAAGCCAGAGUGGCUCAUCAAGAUAAUGUGCCAGUGAAAGCGCAUAAACCAUUAGUAUUCUUUCAGAUUUCACUUAAUCUUCGAAUGUCUGUCAAGAGUUUGAUGGUCUGGUAGCGUAUCAGUUCCUUAUGUUUUUGUAUAAUUUUAUGAUAUUUUGUGCUAUUUCCUUUUCAAUCACUACAAGAAAAAUGCGUUUUAAUAGCGGACGAAAAACGCUAUCUAACAAUACGAUAGCGGUUUAUGAAGCGCUGUGUCAUCAUCCGUGAUAGUAGGUCAGACACAUUAGAUAGCGGUUUUUUGAAGUGCUACCUUAUUGUUAUAUAUUAUAGCGUUUUUUGGUAUGCACUUAAAUAUUCUUUAAUAGCAUAUUGUUUUUGCUAUUAUUAACAUUAAAUUUGGUAAUUUUAUAAUUAUUUUUAUUUUAAUUAUUUUAAAAUAAAAACAAAAUUAAAAAUUAAAAUUGAUUUAUAUAUUUAAGAUUUUUUUAUUAUUUAAAUUUAUUUACAGUUAAUUGUUUUACAAAAAUAAAAAAAAAAAUCUAAUUAGAUAAAAAAGUACUAAAACCAAACCAAAUAAACCAAAACUCUAAACCAAGCUUAAACCUAAUUCCUAAUUAACUACCAUAUGUCGCCUUCUUCAUCUUGUACGCCGCCGCACACCACCAUGGCACCACCUACGUGGUCUUCUUCAUCUUCCAGUCCUCACCAGCCCCACCACCACCUUCGUCGUUGUCUCUUCUAUGCUCUUUACAUCCGCCUUGAUUCUUCUUCUUCGCUUUGGGAUUUGAGAGUCAAGCUUCAGAGAUGAGGCGUACUCGUCGUUGCAUCCAGCCACCUUCAUAGUCGCUCGCCGUCUUCGUGGUCUUCUUCUCCACGGAGCUUGCUCGCCGUCUUCCUGGUCUUCUUCUCCACGGAGCUUGAGAGGAAGCGUAUAGAGUUUCCAUGGCUAUUGAAUAUAGGCGUCGAUCCUCCUCUCCAAUAUUUUUCUUCACUUCUUGGACCCAAACUCAAAUAAAAAUCAGAUCUACUUUGUUGUUUCAGUGAAUGUAUAGAGACAAAUUAAAAAUCGUAGAAGAAGAAGAAGAAGAAGAAAAAAAAAGA